UGUGUGACCUUGGGCAAGUCACUGAACCACGCGAGCCGAGUAUGCUUAUCUGUAAAAUGGAAAUGGUAACAACCACCUCACGGAGUUAAUGUGAAGAUUAAAUGAGAUCAUGCGUGGCGGGGACUAUACAAGUGGCAGCUAUAUUAUUAUAGCUCACUGUCUGGCACACAGCUUAGCAAAUGUUUGUUGAAUUAAUCAGGCCCUCUGGCUCCCUCCUUGCCUUCACCUAUCGUCCCUGUCUUGGGAGAGAGAAAGUAGGUAUGACCAAAAAGGAUUUGGGAGCAGAUAGACUUGCCGGCUGGGAGAUGGGCCAGCAGGGCCUUGUGGCAUUGCUGGGCACUAGCUGCUCCAGCAGCAGCUGGCGCUUGGCUGGAGGCGGCGCGGGCAUCUCUCACCCCUAUGACCCACCUGUGCCAUCAUCCUCAUCAGCUAUCGAGGCAGCGAGGAGAGGUGGAGCUGGGAUCCACCUCUGCACUGAGGCUCUCCGAAGCUGCCCAGGGCCCACCGGCACACAGUAGGUGCGCUCUGAAUGCGGAGCGGCCAGAGGCAUAAAUGUUGAAUGAAGGCGAACGAUGUGAAUGAACGGAUGGACGCAUGAAUGGAGGUGGGAUGGAAGCGUGAAGCUGGGGGCCAGGAGGAACGAUCCUCUCCCUCCGCCCUCCUGGUCUCGGGGCUGGGAGACAUGAAGCCGAGACCGGCUGGGGGCUCCCCUCCCCGCCCGGCCCCUCCCGCUCCGGCCGCCCCUCCCCACGGCGCGCAGCCCGGCGGAGCCCGCGCCGAGCCACAGCCCGCGGUGGAGCCGGGGCUCGCGCCCAGCCGAACGCGCCGAGGCAGCGCAGCCUUGGGAGGGGGCUGCCCCGGCCCCCUCCCCGAGCCCCAGAGCCCAGGAGCCCGGCCUUCGGGGCAGGGGGAGAAGUCCCCGGCGCCAGGUCCGGGUACCAGCAGCCGAGGACGCCGGGGUCCCGGAGCCAACAGGUACAGUUCUGACUCCAUUGGACAGAUGAGGAAACCGAGGCUGAAAGGGGCGCGGAGGUUUGGGGCUGGGACCCCAAAGACCUGGGUGCAAGACUCUGGGUCCCCUGAGGGAAGCGGGCUGAGGCCGGUCCGGGCUCCCCUCUCUCCGCGGAGCCCAGGAUGCCCCUCGUCCGCAGACUCUCCUGAGCUCAUGGAGCCCUCAGCCACCCCAGGGGCCCAGACGGGGGUCCCCAGUGGUAGCGCGGAACCGUCCCCACUCCCUCCCGACUACGAAGACGAGUUUCUCCGCUACCUGUGGCGCGAUUAUCUGUACCCGAAGCAGUACGAGUGGGUCCUCAUUGCAGCCUAUGUGGCGGUGUUCCUCGUGGCCCUGGUGGGCAACACGCUGGUCUGCCUGGCAGUGUGGCGGAACCACCACAUGAGGACGGUCACCAACUACUUCAUCGUUAACCUGUCCCUGGCCGACGUGCUGGUGACGGCCAUCUGCCUGCCAGCCAGCCUGCUGGUGGACAUCACUGAGUCCUGGCUCUUUGGCCAUGCCCUCUGCAAGGUCAUCCCCUACCUACAGGCCGUGUCUGUGUCAGUGGCAGUGCUGACUCUCAGCUUCAUCGCCCUGGACCGCUGGUAUGCCAUCUGCCACCCGCUGUUGUUCAAGAGCACCGCCCGGCGCGCCCGUGGCUCCAUCCUGGGCAUCUGGGCUGUGUCACUGGCUGUCAUGGUGCCCCAGGCUGCUGUCAUGGAAUAUAGCAGUGUGCUGCCCGAGCUAGCCAACCGUACCCGCCUCUUCUCUGUCUGUGAUGAACACUGGGCAGACGACCUCUAUCCCAAGAUCUACCACAGUUGCUUCUUCAUUGUCACCUACCUGGCCCCGCUGGGCCUCAUGGCCAUGGCCUAUUUCCAGAUCUUCCGCAAGCUCUGGGGCCGCCAGAUCCCCGGCACCACCUCGGCCCUCGUGAGAAAGUGGAAGCAGCUCUCAGACCAGUCGGAGGACCAGGGGCAGGGCCUGAGUGCGAAGCCCCAGCCUCGGGCCCGCGCCUUCCUGGCCGAGGUGAAGCAGAUGCGAGCUCGGAGGAAGACGGCCAAGAUGCUGAUGGUGGUGCUGCUGGUCUUCGCCCUCUGCUACCUGCCCAUCAGUGUCCUCAAUGUCCUCAAGAGGGUCUUUGGGAUGUUCCGCCAAGCCAGCGACCGAGAAGCCGUCUACGCUUGCUUUACCUUCUCCCACUGGCUGGUGUAUGCCAACAGCGCCGCCAACCCCAUCAUCUACAACUUCCUCAGUGGCAAAUUCCGGGAGCAGUUUAAGGCCGCCUUCUCCUGCUGCCUGCCUGGCCUGGGUCCCUGCAGCUCUCUGAAGGCCCCCAGCCCCCGCUCCUCUGCUAGCCACAAGUCCCUGUCCUUGCAGAGCCGAUGUUCCGUCUCCAAGGUCUCGGAGCAUGUGGUGCUCACCAGCGUCACCACAGUGCUGCCCUAAGUGAGGACUGCCCUGGUGGCUCCAGGCAGUACAAACUGUUCCCAGCUGGGCUGUUCCUCUGGCUCCUGGGGGACCCAUCUCUACUCCUGUGGAAAGACUGCUGGAUGUAGUCGAGGCUGGGGCUCCAGUCCUGGUUUACUGCCUGUUUGACUCUGGGCAAGUCACUUCCCUUCUCUGAGCUGUGUCCCCUAAGCAGGAGUGAUGUGAGGAUUAAGUGUGCUCAAGAAAAUGGAAAGCUCUUUGUAAACCGUAGAAUAUUGUGGACAAGAUUAUCACUGUAGUCGUCUUACUUGGCCAUACCUCACAGUACUAUCCAUCCCCAUCAUCCUUCCAGAGCUUGGCCUUCCUCCCAAAGACCCUCUCCUACCCAAUUACAGGCCUUCCCCUGAGUCUGCUGUAAGGGUCCCAGCAGGCAUUUCCAUCUGGCCCAGUGGCUCCUUAAAGCUCGGGCUGCACUUGCCAGCUACUCUGAGGUCUGUGUGAGCUAAUCUAGGCUCGGCCCAUCCCCAGGGGGAACACAGCCCCACCCUCACCGGGUGCCAACUGCACGCACCAUAGACUGAACCCUGUUGGCUUUGUGGUGUGAUAAAACUCUCCAUGUGGCCAUUUGGCAUGGAGGCCAGCAGCCUGACGCAACUGUAAUUAAAAGCCUGGCACCGAACGUUCCCUUUCCUUGUCAUUGCACAAAAUCUGUGCUGCUUAGGUUAGGAGUGAGAAGGUAGGGAUGCUGGGGAGGGGAGAAGACAUGGCAGCACUGGGAUGCUGUUCUCUGCUGACCACUCCCGCCUCCCAUCCCCAACACUCCAGGCCGAUGGGCUGCUAGCCAGGCCUCAGAGUGUACGUGGGGCUCCCUCCUCAGGCAGUGCCCAACCUCUGAUCCCAGGCCCUGGACCUUGACACAUCUGUCU